UCACCUCUCUCGCUUUCCCUCAUGUACGCAGUGCUCCGGCCGGGCCGCUCCUUGCUUCCUUCCCCCUGUCCUCCAUCACUUCCAACCCCCCCCAACCGCAGCUGGCUCGCUCCUGUCGGAUAUCCGGGGAGCCGUUCAUCUUCCACAUUUGGAUCAAAAAUCCCUCUGAGGGGCGGAAUGACCCACAGCCUUUUUUGCAUGGUCUGAAUUUCGGAUUCUCACACCGGAAAGGAGGAGAGUCGAGCGGCGAGAAGAGGCUCUCCAUCCCCCGAGGGAAUUCAUUUUUACAGAGUGAUGCCAGUGCCUGAAGUGGUGUCUGACACAUCCAGCGCUGCCGCCGCCGCCAUGUUGAGCCCCGUUCUCAAUGCCUCUAAUGGAGACGGCUCCGAGUCGGAAACCACCUCCGCCAUCCUGGCCUCGGUCAAGGAACAGGAGUUGCAGUUUGAACGUCUGACCAGGGAGCUGGAAGCCGAACGACAGAUUGUUGCCAGUCAGCUGGAGAGAUGCAAGCUUGGCUCUGAGACUGGAAGCAUGACCAGCAUCAGCUCAGCAGAGGAGAAAUUUCGCUGGAACAACCAAGACGGACAGAAGGACAUCGAGGAUGAGCUGACAACAGGUCUGGAGCUGGUGGACUCCUGUAUCAGAUCACUCCAGGAAUCCGGCAUCUUGGACUCGCAGGACACGUCUACAGGAGAUCGACAAGGACUUCUCUCUCAUAGCGCUUUGCAGCUCAACAACCAGGAUGCCUAUGCAGCUGCCGGUUACCACAGCAACCAAGCUCUGGCGCUGGGGGAAGUGGUGUCGGGUCGGAGCGGACACAUGGGCGGGGCUGUUCACAGCUAUAACCAGGUGACAUCCAGUCGAGCAGCAGCCCAGUUGGUCGGGACGGACUCCCCGUCUCAGUCUCAGAGAGACUCGUAUGCUCAGCAGGCCCACGGAAGCGCCUUCCACAUGCCCAGCGAUGGUGGAUCUGCGGUUGUUGCGCCAUCCAUGUACUACUCCUGUGCAACCUUGCCUGCACAGCGCGUCAGCUCCCCUCUGCAGGCAGUGGGAUCUCCAACCAAGCUCCAGCGUCUGGGUUCAGCCUCUUCCGACAUGCCCAGCUACGCAACACUACAGCGGGUGUCAUCGCCUAAACAGUCCCCUAGUCGUCUGGCCAAGUCCUACAGCACCUCGUCACCCAUCAACAUGGUAGCGUCGGGCGCCGGCGGGUCGUCCUCCCCGCUGUCUGUGGCAGCCUCGACGGGAGGCAACCUCACCUCGUCGCCCAUCCACCAGCUGAGCUCGGCAGUGGGUAGCUACGCCACCUUGUCGCCCACCAAGCGUAUGCUGCAUCACAUCGGAGGAGACACCUACAAGAUUUCCCACGAGCUGUACGCCAACGCCACCCUGAAAAGGCCGGGUAGCCUGGCAGGUAGAGGCUCCAGAGGUUCCUACAGCAGCCAGCAUAGCCAUCUCGGCUCGGAGCUGCGACCUCUGCAGUCUCCGGAGCAUCACAUCGACCCCAUCUAUGAAGACAGAGUCUACACCAAGCCCAACCUGCGAGGACAAGUGGUGAACCAGUUGUACCAAGAGGUCCUCAACUAUCUGCUCUGUCCCUACACUUUAGCCCCGCCUUCCCCUGGUGUCGAUCCAAUCCCAUUGCAGCGAACGGGAAGCCAGAGCGCCGCUUCCACCUUCCAGCGAGGCAGCUUCGCCACGGGAGGCGGACCUGAUUACGGCAACCCUUACCGCACCUUGCAGUUCUGCCCGUCCACCGAAUCGCCUUACAGCAAGUCGGGCCCCACACUUCCCCCGGAGGCGGCCCUGGGAAGGUCUCCGUCUGUGGACAGCAUCCAGAAGGAUCCAAGGUACGACCCAGAAUUCCUUGUGUGGAAUCAAAAUCACGCCGAGCAAAGAAUGACAAAGGAGUUUGGUUGGAGAGAUCCAGAGCUGCCGGAGGUGAUCCAAAUGUUGCAGCAUCAGUUCCCAUCGGUACAGUCCAACGCCGCCGCCUACCUCCAGCACCUCUGCUUCGGAGACAACAAGAUCAAGUCUGAGAUUCGGCAACAAGGAGGCAUCCAGCUUCUGGUGGACCUCCUGGAUCACCGUAUGACUGAUGUGCACCGCAGCGCCUGCGGAGCUCUGCGAAACCUCGUCUACGGAAAGGCCAAUGACGACAACAAGAUCGCAUUGAAGAACUGCGGAGGAAUACCGGCUCUGGUUCGACUACUCCGGAAGACCACAGAUGUGGAGAUCCGUGAGCUGCUAACAGGUGUUUUAUGGAACCUCUCAUCAUGCGACGCCCUGAAGAUGCCUAUCAUCCAGGAUGCCCUGGCUGUUCUGACUAACGCUGUGAUCAUCCCUCACUCCGGUUGGGACACCUCCCCCCACACGCAAGAAGACCGCAAAUUACAUCUGCAUUCCUCUCAAGUUCUCCGCAAUGCCACCGGCUGCCUGCGCAAUGUGAGUUCUGCAGGUGAGGAGGCCCGCAGGAGAAUGAGAGAGUGUGAGGGUCUGACGGAUGCUUUUCUCUACGUCAUCCAGACCGCCCUCGGGAGCAGUGAGAUUGACAGCAAGACUGUUGAAAACUGCGUGUGCAUCCUGAGGAACUUGUCUUACCGUCUGGCGGCGGAGACGUCUCACAACCAGCAAGGCGGAUCUGAGGAGCUGGACGGUCUGUUAUGCGACACGGGCGGCAAGGAUGCUGAGAGUUCAGGAUGCUGGGGCAAGAAGAAGAAGAAAAAGAAGGGGCAUGACCAGUGGGACGGCGUCGGCCCGUUUCCAGACCUGGCAGAGUCUCCAAAAGGCAUCCAGAUGUUGUGGCAUCCCAGCAUUGUCAAGCCGUACCUCACCCUGCUGUCUGAAUGCUCCAACCCAGACACUCUGGAGGGAGCUGCUGGUGCUCUUCAAAACCUUGCUGCCGGCAGCUGGAAGUGGUCGGUGUACAUUCGGGCUGCGGUGCGUAAGGAGAAGGGCCUGCCCAUCCUGGUGGAGCUGCUAAGGAUAGACAACGAUCGGGUGGUUUGUGCCAUCGCCACCGCCUUGAGAAACAUGGCUCUGGACAUCAGAAACAAGGAACUCAUUGGUAAAUACGCCAUGAGGGACCUGGUGCACCGCUUGCCCGGCGGCAGCGCCAACAACAGCAACGGCGGCAGCGCCAACAGCUGCGGUCUGGUGGGAAAGACCAUGUCGGAUGACACCAUCACAGCCAUCUGCUGCGCUCUGCACGAGGUCAUCACCAAGAACAUGGAGAACACCAAGGCCCUGAGGGACGCCGGUGGCAUCGAGAAGCUCAUUGGUGUUGCCCGCAGCAAAGGCGACAAAAUUCCCAGGCAUAGUCCCAAAGUGGUGAAAGCGGCGUCUCAAGUCCUGAACAGCAUGUGGCAGUACCGAGACCUACGCAGCCUUUACAAAAAGGACGGAUAUUCCCAGUAUCAUUUUAUCGGCUCUUCUUCUACAAUAGAGCGGGACAGACAGCGGCCUUAUUCUUCCUCUCGUACGCCGUCCAUCUCUCCUGUGCGGACUUCGCCAAACAACCGAUCGGCGAGUGCACCUGCGUCACCGAGGGACAUGAUGGCGUUGAAGGAGAGGAAGGCGGACUACGAGCUGAGCGGUAACGCCACAUACCGCGGCAACAAGGGUGAACACACAUCCCGCAAGGACGCCACCAUGGGUGGUGGUUCUUCAACUCUGCACCGAGGAGCGUACGUGUCACCCACUGAUGAUUUGAAGUAUAAUCAGGUCUCAUCUCAAGGAUUGCCUUCAGAGCCCUACCCGCCUUUCCAAAACCCUCCCCCGCCUGACAGCGGCAACUACGAGGACCAGGCCUUCUAUGAGAACGCGGGGGGUCGCCCCCCUCAAGCCGAUCUCAACAUGCACUUGCAGGGCCUGAAAUCCACAGGCAACUACGUAGACUUCUACUCGGCGUCUCGGCCCUACAGCGAGCUCAACUACGAGACCAGUCACUAUCCGGCCUCACCGGACUCCUGGGUUUGAGGGGGAGGUGAGGGCGGAGGAGAGGUUGAGAAGUUAAGAAACGUAGUUAAGAAAUAGAAAAGAUAACCCCCCCCAAAAAACCCAAUUCUCCUUUUUCAUAACGUCUAGUUCCCACGUAGCAUCUUAGGUAGCAGGACACGGGGACCAAAAUUAAGGGCGGACCACAUAACUCCUCCUGGUGGGUUUUUCAGAGGAGGCAAAGAAGCCGAGAGACGAGAGGCCUUGCAUGUGCAUGCACUCCACCAACACGACAUUUUCUAACCCGCGUAUUAUAAGCUCGGCAGAUUGAAAGCGAAAAACAAGUAUGUGAGAAGGGGGCGGGGUGGAGACAAGAUGGAGGGCGCAGGAGCGAGAGGAAGAUGAAAGAUGUUGCAAAGUGAGCGGAAGGCUGCCGGAGUGAAGCGUUUGUACAUACGUGACAUAGCGUGACGCGGCUUUUAGCGAGGUCAAGCACAAGAAGCCGUAGGACGUCCCAACGAUACACAAACCCGGGGGUUUCCGUCGACGGCUUCGGCGUGGCGUGACGUGACGUGACGUGUCCUCCUCUUGGGGAAAGACUGCUUCUGGACGUUGUCGUUUGUAACACUAGAACUUUUUUUUUUUUUUUUUUUUGCUUUUUUUGUGUUUUUUUUUUUUUUUUUAAUUCUUGGCUGUAUAGUAUUUGAUGUACACUGUACAUUUACUGGCGAUGCAUUGUGUAAUUGAAAUAUUAUCUGUGUGCAGCCUUCACAUGGGCUCGGAUCACCUUUUCACUAUCACUACACACACACACGCACACACACACACACACACACUGUAAACAACAAACAAUACAAAAAGCAUACAUUAGGAUGAGUCACAUUGACUGCCUUACAUGUGAAGUAGAUUCUAUCCAACAGUACAGUAAGUACAGUACGCCUCAUUUAUAGAAAUAUAUAUAUCACUUUGUGACGGCUUUUAGCUAAAUAAAUAAACAAAAAUGAUACUUUUACUCAUAGUUGAGUCCACAAUUUUUCAUACCCGGGCCAAUUUUUGCGUAGAAGUGAAUUUUUAUAGUAGAUUCUAACUUGAAAUGACAAGACAGUGGCAAAACUGAGUUUUUAAUGUGAAUUUUUUGGGGUUAUUUUUAACAAGAUCCGUUCUGGAAUUAUUCAUAUGAUCAUAAAAAUGUCUAUUUUUGAUACUCUGAUCCUUCCUUACUCACGGUGCAACCACAAAUAACAGGAAAUGACAGAUAACGAUAACUUCCUGCUUCUCAAGAUCAAUAUGAUCCUUUUUAAAAUUAAAAUCUACUUUUUAAAGUUCACAUUUAACUGCAGUUUGUGUAGAAACACUUUGAUAUUAUAUAUUUGAUAUUUCAUACCUAUACAAAAUAUCAUGAUAUUGCUACUACCACAUCGCCACUACGAUCAGGAGAACCAGAGCAUAGAGGGGAGGGAGCCAACUGCUGUGACCCAGCAAGGUGCACUGUAUUCGGGCACAAGCUCCAAGCAGCCGGUGUGACACCAUGGAAGUCUCUGGCAAAAACUUUGAUAUUAUAUAUUUGAUAUUUCAUACCUAUACAAAAUAGCAUGACAUUGCUACUACCACAUUAUCGUCACUAUCAGGAGAACCAGAGCAUAGAGGGGAGGGAGCCAACUGCUGUGGCCCAGCAAGGUGCACCGUAUUCGGGCACGUGCUCCAAGCAACCGGUGUGACACCAUGGAAGUCUUUGGCAAAAAAUUUUUUUGCAUUUUUUCCCCUCAUCGCAGAGCAUUGGUUGCUACGACCUUCCUCUUAAGUGAAUGUUUGUUUCACGGUGCAACUACAAAUAACCAGAAAUGACCGAUACAAUAACUUCCUGUUUCUCAAGAUCAAUAUGGUACCGAUAACCUUUUUAAAAUUUAAAUCUACUUUUUAAAGUUCACAUUUAAUUGCAGUUUGUGUAAAAACACUUUGAUAUUAUAUAUUUGAUAUUUCAUACCUAUACAAAAUAUCAUGACGUUGCUACUACCACAUCAUCGUCACUAUCAGGAGAACCAGAGCAUAGAGGGGAGGGAGCCAACUGCUGUGGCCCAGUAAGGUGCACCGUAUUCGGGCACAAGCUCCAAGCACCCGGUGUGACACCAUGGAAGUCUCUGGCAAUUUUUUUUGCAUUUUUUUCAUUGGUUGCUACAACCUUUCUCUUAACCUUUCUCUCAGGGGGAAGUUACGGAAAAAUAAAGGAGCGCUUGGUUUGCUCACCCGCACAGUACAGAUUAUCUUGCCUCAUUGGAGCUUUAAAUGAUCAGUUAUUGGAGUUAUUUUUGAUGACAUUGUAUUAUGUCAUAAUUCCAUGAUAUCGGCCCAAUAAUUAUUGUUUAUUAGCACAUGUGACUGCAGCAAAACAUUACGAUUUGUUAGUAAAAAUGUGUAACCCACAAGGCAUGCUGGGUAACUUCAGUUUUUUUUUGGUUUGUGGGUUACAAAUGAGUAUAACAUAGUGUUGUUUGGCUUGUAUAUUAGCCAGUAAGUUGCUAUUUUAUUACCUGCGUUGUCCAUGUAGUAAAAAAAAAAAAAAAUCCGAAAAUUUGCGAUUAUUUUUUUUUUCCACAUAAAACUCCAGUCAUCAUUGACAAAUACACGACAAUGCAGGUAAAAAUAUAUAUAUGUACACCACUGUCAGGAAAAAGCCAACGUCCUUGAACGCACCAUUGUUGUGCAUUUAAUAAGUAUGUGAGACAAAUGUAGAGAAGGUCAACAUCAAGCUAGCAGGAAGGUGUCAAAAUAGACAUUUCUAUGGGGGUGUUUUUUUUCUGGUGCUCCCGGGUACGCAAUCCCCAUGGAGCUCUAUCUAUAAAAAACAUAUCAAAUCUAUAGAAUAGAUCUGUAAAAGUUCACCUUAACCCCAAAUUUGGCCCGUGUGUGACUAAUUUAGGGCUCGACUGUAUGCGAUCACAAGAGAGAGAAUCAUCCCUUGUGCUUACUGUAAAAUCUAACGUGUGAUUCCUAUUUAGCUGCUACUCACUCGUUUAUGUCGUGGAAAUGAUAACACGUCAAAUGUAGCUUUAUCGUGAACCCACCCAGAGCAUUGGACCAUACCAUUGGGUAUGAUGUCAUCCAUGUCUACACCAUUUUACAGAAUAUUUGCUUCAAGGGGUGGUUGGGAUUUUUUUUUUUUUUUACACAAAGUUGUAUGACAUCCCCUUACCCCCUACUUGGUCCCCUGAGUCCAGUUCUGGUCUCAAAACAAUAUGCGUUCAAAAGAGUAAUGCAUUUGCAUUACAGUAAUGCCACAAUGAUAAGAAAAUGUAUUGCUCUUUUGAACGCAUAUUGUUGUGAAAAGCCAAACAGCAAUUAUGAGCAACUAUAUGUUCUUCAUUACACAAAUCCGACCAGGAUUGGAGUCUUGGGACCAAGUCGGGGUUAAGUAAGUCAGUGUUGAGGUACUACACCGCUGAUGGGGGGCGUUAAAAACCCCAACUGUCCCUUUAAGUUGAAACAGGGAUUUUUUUUUUAAGAUAUAUUUUCACACAGCUGGUUUUUGUUGCAGUGAUGUCUGAGUGUGUAUAUAACAGUGCCAAACAAGGGUUCACACCCCCCACCCUCAACACCCCACCCACAUAGGGUCCAGUUGGAGCAUCCUUGUGGUUUUAACAUUGCCACUUUGUAAAUGCUUACUUUUUGUUUUGUUUUUUUUUCUAAAAUUGUGUACUACUGAGAUGAAAGUUGUGUAACUGCACUGGGACCAGAGAGAAUUCUAAAAAAAAAAAAAAAAAAAAGAAUAAAUAAAUAAAAUGAAACAAUUCUAUCAAAGCAACAAAAAAAAAGGCAAAGAAAAAUAAUGUACACAAUUACUUUAUUUCUGUGUUGUAACAUAAUCCGUGUUUGUAGCAGAAAGCUUUUAUGAGAAAUGACUGCAAUUACUUCAUGGUAGACAAAACAACCUGUUCAUAGAGUAUGGAUAUAUAUUAUAUGAAUAGAAAUAUAUACUUUUAUGUGCAGAUGUCACAGCAGCACAAAAUAAUGUCGGGAUUUUCUUCAUUUAUACAUUCUGGUCAACACACUUGAGUUGUGGACUGUUGUGCGGUACCGUGCUAUGUGGAGUAGAGUAGAUCAGGGCCCGCGGAUCCGGACGCAAUUCCGAAUAUGAUUACUCCUUUAACCCUUAGAUGCAUAAGUGGGUCAAAAAUGACCCGGUCAGGUUUUUAAUAUCAUGCCAUUCACAUUUUUUAACUUAUCUUUUAUACAUUUUAAGAAAUUUUAGUUUUUGUGUUACUACCCCAACCUUCCAUAAGUGGGUCAAAAAUGACCCAGUCAGGUUGUUUUCUUGAAGUAUCUUCAUCAUGAAAAAUUUCAGGUAUUCCUCAAAAAACAUGUUUUUGCUAUCAUGCCAUUCACAUUUUUAACUUACCUUUUAUACAUUUUAAGAAAUUUUAGUUUUUGUGUUACUACCCCAACCUUCCAUAAGUGGGUCAAAAAUGACCCGGUCAGGUUGUUUUCUUGAAAUAUCUUCAUAAUUAUAUUUUUUCAUCAUUUCAUAUUCCAGGUAUUCCUCAAAAAACAUGUUUUUGCUAUCAUACCAUUCACAUUUUUAACUUACCUUUUAUACAUUUUAAGAUUUUUUAGUUUUUGUGUUACUACCCCAACCUUCCAUAAGUGGGUCAAAAAUGACCUAAGUCAGGUUGUUUUCUUGAAGUAUCUUCAUCAUGAAAAAUUUCAGGUAUUCCUCAAAAAACAUGUUUUUGAUAUCAUGCCAUUCACAUUUUUAACUUACCUUUAAUACAUUUUAAGACAUUUUAGUUUUUGUGUUACUACCCCAACCUUCCAUAAGUGGGUCAAAAAUGACCCGGUCAGGUUGUUUUCUUGAAAUAUCUUCGUAAUGAAAAUUUUCAUCAUUUCAUAUUUCAGGUAUUCCUCAAAAAACAUGUUUUUGCUAUCAUGCCAUUCACAUUUUUAACUUACCUUUUAUACAUUUUAAGAAUUUUUUGUUUUUGUGUUACUACCCCAACCUUCCAUAAGUGGGUCAAAAAUGACCCGGUCAGGUUGUUUUCUUGAAAUAUCUUCGUAAUGAAAAAUUUUUAUCAUUUCAUAUUCCAGGUAUUCCUCAAAAAACAUGUUUUUGAUAUCAUUCCAUUCACAUUUUAACUUACCUUUUACAAAUUUUAAGAAAUUUUUGUUUUUGUGUUACUACCCCAACCUUCCAUAAGUGGGUCAAAAAUGACCCGGUUGGGUUGUUUUCUUGAAAUAUCUUCAUCAUGAAAUUUUUUUUAUCAUUUUUUUAAUCAAAAAUAUGUUUUGAUAUCAUGCCAUUCACAUAUUUAACUUAUCUUUUAUAAAUUUUAAGAAAUUUUAGUUUUUGUGUUACUACCCCAACCUUCCAUAAGUGGGUCAAAAAUGACCCGGUCAGGUUGUUUUCUUGAAAUAUCUUCAUAAUGAAAUUUUUUUAUAAUAUCAUAUUCCAGGUAUUCAUCAAAAGGUAUUCCUCAUAGGUGUGGGACAGUUGUGGAAACAUGGGUCAUUUUUGACCCACUUAUGGAAGAGUGUAGGGUCCAGUCACUCGUGCAUCUAAGGGUUAAAGUGUUCCCUCUGCAUGAAACAAUCGGAUUCAAUCCAAGGAAAGGCAACCAUGAGGCGUGUUGAGGCAAGCCGAUGCUAAAUUGUGGUUUAUUUUCGACAAAGAGGCCGUGUGUCUCCUCAUGAAAUGGUUUUUUUUAGGCCCAGAAGUUCUUAACAAAGCCGCCUGGAGGUACGACGCCGGUGGUUUGAAGGAGAAUGGCGACAACUUCAUACGGCCUCAAACUGAUUGCAACCGCUCCGAACCGAACACAACUCCGAACUGUGGAGUUUGGGAGUUGUUUGUUUUGUUGCAAAGUCUGUUUUCAGUAUUUUGAAUGUGGCAUUGAAGAAUGGCUGCUCAAGUGGGAAGCUGGAUUUUCAAAUGUGCUGAUUUUGUGAAUAAAAUCUGAAAAAAAUCUGUACCAGCCAACUGCAGCGGGCAGAUGCAGACCAACCACGUACGAGCGAUGGAAAACUCGAUUCUUUUUUAUUGUACUUAACUUCUGAGUCGGUCACUCGUCGCUCAGUUACGACUUGACUCGAGUCACUCCUUGCAGAAAACUCACACCUACACAAGUUGCACACCUAAGUCUAUGAAACCCGAGUUGUGGUUAACCCAUGAAUCAGUGGAACUCUAGUCCUCAUUAAGUACCCAUGAGUCAGUGGAACUUGAAUCUUUGUCAAAUUGUGAGUCAGUUAAACUCAAAUUGCUGUGGAGUACUCGUGAUUCAGUAAAACCCGAGUCAAAUAUGUUUGAAUCAGUGAAAUUUUAGUCCUCAUUAAGUACCCGUGAGUCAGUAAAACCCGAAUCAAAUAUGUUUGAAUCAGUGAAAUUCAAGUUUUUGCCAAGUACCAAUGAGUCAGUGAAACUUGAGUCUUCUUCAAAUUGUGAGUUAGUGAAACUCGAAUCCCUGUUGAGUACUCGUGAGUCAGUGAAACUCAAAUCCUGGU